ACCAAAACGGACGCUUGCGGUGUUUUCCUUAGGCACGGUGGCAGACACUGAUGUGGUGGCAUUUUAACAGAGAGGAAACUUCUACUCUUUUUCUUCCUGGCUGUCUCUGUAUUUUAUGCACAUGGUCACAGUCUUUUUUGCUUGUUUGCUUUUUUUUUUUUCCCCCUAGUGGUGCUUUGGCUAAUGUUUAGCUUCAUCUUGUUGCGCGUUGAUUUGGUUUUGUGUAGGUGCAAAACAUUGACAUGCUGCAAAAUAAUUUUGCGCUGUUUCUAAACAGCAAUCGUUUCAGGAUAAGCAGGUUCAGAGAAAUUCACAGAUGGGAUGUUUCCUAACAGGACUGCUCCUGCAUGCGUUGUAACAGACUUCGCUGUAGCAGCCCUUGAGUUUACGGCUUUAGAGCGCUGCUUUUUUCCGCCUUCGUUGGCUCCAGUAAUUUUGAGUCACACAGUGGCUUUAGCAGCUCCUGAUACGGCUUCAUUUUUCUUUUAAUUGGGCUGAGUAAUGGAACGGUGAUUCAGCCUGGAGAGAAGCAAUAUGGCAGAUUUUCCUAUUUAGACAGCGUUAUUUCUGGUCCUUGAGCGAGAAAUCGGAAAACGUUUACGGCAAGCUGCUGCUAAAAAAAACCUGUGUUCUUCCAAAAUGAAUGUGUCAGUCCCUUCUUGCAGAAGUAUAACCUGCAUAAAUCGCUCAGAGCUGGUCAUUGCGGAGGCUGAUACUGUGCACCUGAAGCAAUCUCGUAAGCCUGCUUUAGUUCAGCUUGGCCCAGUUUCGUAGCGGAUCACUGGUAACGCAGGCACCUGUUGCUCUCUCCUGCCUCAGGUGUUUACAACAUUUCUUGUGCCCCUCAGUGUACGUCUUCUGGUUCUUGGCUGUGUGAGGGUUUAACCAUACAGCUCAUAAGGUCAGGAAGAUUUGCUACUGAUGAAAGCAGAUAUUUUUGUAUAGGUGCUUUUCCAGUAAUUUUUGAGAGGAUUGUAGCUCAAAUGUUGUAUUUCUUAUGGACCUGUUGUACUAAUAAUAAAAUCUGAAUUACUGUUUUUACACCUUUUUAGUAAUAUGUAACUGCAUCUGGUAUGCCUUUUGGCCUAUGUGUUUCACACUUGACUUAAGAAUUCAGAAGUGCCUCUGGGUGCUGAAUACUAGAUAUUAAGUUAAAAAAUAUGGGAAAAAAACCAAAAAAUAAAACCCCGUAUUUUGUUCAUAAUAAAAUUCUCUCCCCCAAUAACUUUUGUUAGAAGAAAGUCAGAGCUCAUUAUUUUGUCUUUUGCGGUUAUAUGAGUUCCCUCUGAUAAAAUAAUCUUGAUUAGUGGAUUUUUCAGAAGGCUUAAAUAACAGAGGGUUUGGGUUUACUCCUAUUUACAGCCUCAUAACUUACAGAGGAAAUCAGGUUGUCAGAUAUGUUGGUACAAUGCACAGCUAAGUCUGAGUUGGUAGCAACUUACUGUUUUACUUUUCAGCAAUGAAGUGCAUCUGGUUUUGCACAAAAGUUCUUUUCCCAUUUAUCUUCAGCUAGUCAAUAUUAAAUAAGAGUUGUUGUCAAUGUCUGAAAAUAAACAUAGCCAUUUAAGUUUCAAAAACUCCUUUUUUACAGCAAUUAUUAUCUUGGUUAUGAGCCAGUGCUUCGUGUUUCCGAAUUCUCCAUUCUGAGCUUUUAUUAAAAUAGUGCAACUAAGAAGAUGUCCUGUACAGAGCCCCUAAGAAAUCCAAGUAAAAAGAGAUGAAGAUGAACCAGAGCGUUUUGAUGGUCUCUCUCUCUUAUACUGGACUAUUAUGGGCCCUCAUGGAAUCAAUCGAGCUGUUCAUCGCAUUUCUUUUUCUGAUUGUCAGAAUGGAUUAGGAGUUAAAAUUAUUGGAGGUUAUCGGGCACAAACAGCAGAAGAUUACGGGAUCUUCAUUAAGAGAAUUCUACCUGGAGGGGUUGCUGCUGUAGAUAGUCGUUUGCUCACUGGAGACCUAAUUUUAGAUGUCAAUGGAGAAAACUUAGUUGGAGUAACCAAUGAAAGGGCUGUUGACAUCUUGCGAACAGCAUCAGCAUCCAAUCAUAUGUCUCUGCUAGUUGCUAGAGAUGAAGAAGCAAAGAAGGAAUUUCUUGAUCUGAUGGACAAGUAUGGCUCUCAUAGUAACACCGACUCUGCAAGAAGUUCUCCAACGCAACUAUUGACAGCAAAACCUAUAGACAGCCUUUCUUCUGGGUCAUCCUCAAGGUCACAGAGUCCUCAGUUGCAUCCGAAGGAUUUUACCACUAUGACCAGCAGAAAUGAUUCUGCUGUCCUAGCACCAUCUCCAAAGCUUGCAAAGGAUAGCGUGUUUCAGAUUAUCUCUGUCUGCAGAGGAACAAGCCUAGGUUUGAAUAUUGUAGGAGGAAUUAACAGAAAUGAAGGGCCUUUGGUUUAUAUUCAAGAAGUUAUCCCUGGUGGUGACUGUCAUAAGGAUGGACGAUUGAAGUCUGGAGAUCAGCUUGUAUCCAUAAACAAAGAGUCAAUGAUUGGUGUCUCCUAUGAAGAGGCAAAAAGUAUAAUCAGCAGAACAAAUACAAGAUUUGAAAGUUUUUGGGAGAUAGCUUUCAUUAGACAAAAAAAUAUUCCCAGUUGUUCAGAGGAUCUGCAACGUCCAUCCAGUCUCUUAACAUCUUCUGUAGCAUAUGGAGAGCAGCAGGCUGCAGUACUUAGUCCUCUUGCAUCUCCUAAUGGGAAGCUUGUUUCAAGGUUCACUGCAAAUGCUAUGGAAACUGGAAUCAAGAAGAGAGAGCAAUCUCCAACUGCAACUGUAGACAGCAGUCCCACUAAUGUGCCUGCCCCUGUUAUCUCCCCCAACCAGGUUGAUGAUUAUGGGCUACAGGGAAGGAAGAAUUUCUUGAACUCUACUGUUCGUCUCAAAGCAGAAAAACUGGAGAGGGCUUUGAAUUAUCUUGGGAUUCAGCCCACAGAUGAACAGCAGCAAGCGCUAAGGCAGCAGCUUGAGAAGGAUUCUGAAGGAACAGUGUCUUUUGGAGAUUUCGUUCAGGUUUCAAGGAAUCUGUUCUCUUUGCAAUUGAAUGCAACAGAUGGUGACGAAAAACCUGUAACGUUUGAGGCCAAUGAAACUGCCAGGUUUUCAGAUUCACAGUUUGCAGCUUGUGAUUCUUUGGAGGAUGAUAUGGAAAGGCUUAAGAAAGAAAGAAAUGAAGCUUUAAAAGAAAUAAGUAAAUUAAAGGAAGAAUUGUCUGAAUCUGUGAAUUUACAGAAACAGUUAACAGAGGAGCUACAAACAGUCAAGCAAGAAGCCAAGGCAGCUGUAGAAGAGACAAGAGCCUUGCGAAGUAGAAUUCAUCUUGCGGAAGCUGCGCAACGGCAAGCUCAUGGAAUGGAGAUGGACUAUGAAGAAGUAAUUCGCCUAUUAGAAGCUGAAAUUGUAGAGCUGAAGGCUCAGCUCACUGAUAAUUCUGGCCAAAAUAGAGAUAACAUCCAAGACUUGAGAAAGAGAGUUACAGUGCUUGACUGCCAACUGCGGAAAUCGGAAUCAGCUAGGAAGACCUUUGAGGUGGCUACUGAAAAAUUGCUACAAUUUGUAGAGGUUGUGCAUGAAAUACUCUCAGAUAACUCUACUUCCUCAACAGUUUUAAGUGACAGAAGUACGUUGUCUACCAAAGCACUUCUUGCACGGCUGGGAAGGACUGGACCUACUGUCACAACAGCUCUUGCAGCAGAAGCCAAAGACCUUGCCAAAUCUGUCCGCGCCAUUUUGGAAGUAGAUUGUCUACCUUAUGGAUGGGAAGAAGCUUAUACAGCAGAUGGAAUCAAAUACUUCAUCAAUCAUGUAACACAGACAACAUCAUGGAUCCAUCCGGUAACAAGUGCACUGAGCUUGCUUGGCCCUGAGGAUGAUGAUGAUGGAAUAAGAGAGCCUCCCGGGUCCAAGAGCUGAAGAUGUCUGUUGACAGAAAGUAGUUUGUCUAAUUUGUAUGGUAGUGAGAAGUGAGCAUGAUAGAGAGAAGAUGUGCGGUUUUUAGUCUAAUGUACUUUCCAGUCUAAUGUAGUAGUAACUGAUGAUACUCCUCUCCUUGAAGUCAGCAGGGGUUCUGUUCAUUUAGGUAGGUUUAUCCAUGGAUGAAAUUCACCCUCGAAAGAUGCAGGCACUGCAGAAGACUCCCUUCAGUCUUUAUCUGCCCCAGUUCAGUGUGCAGGCAUCAGACUUAUCUUAGGGCCUGAUCCUGUCUUUUUAUGACUUUCUUAUUGCCAUAACUCCACUGCCUUCCACUGAUAGUUUCACAACUUUGACCAGCAUGAGAGUAAGACUGGGCCCUUGGUUGUGCUUCAUAUGGCAAAUGCCUGUUGAUGUUUGACUAAAACACUCAAGGUGAGCUUGUGAGCUUUUUUUUCUUUUUUAACUAAUGAUAGUGGGUGUAACAUAGAUGUCUUUUCUGUAACUACUGAAUUAUCUCAUUUUUAUAAAAGAAAUUUUUGAAUUUAUUUUGCUAACAGACAUUUUCAAAUUAUUAUAAUUAUUGGAGUCCGGAUGAGUUUUUUAACAAGUACUAAAAGUACUUAAGAAAACAACUUAAGUUGUUUUCCACAAGAACAAGUACUUAAGAUUGGUGAUUGGGCUUUAGGAAAAUGAGUCUUUGAUAAGUUGUCAAGUAAAAAGAAAAAGUUUUGCUAGAGGACACCAUACUCUCUCAACAAUAUGAGGCAAGAAUGAAAAUUAUUCUACUUUUGUACUCUGCUAAACUGAUACACACAUGCAUGAAAUAUUUUAGUGGAAGCUGUGAAGUUUCAAGUACAAUGAAACCUGUGAAACCACCUCCAGGAUCAGCAGAAAUCAGUCACCUCCUCAAAGUUGGUCUUUAAGUAGAACAAAAUCUUUUUGUAAACACUGGUGAUUUAACGAGGAUAAAGAAAACAACAGGAGGUGCUACUGCAACCUAAUGAACAGGUUUCACUGCUCCAACCUAAUGAACAGGUUUCACUGUACCCUGCUAGCACAGGAUAUUUUAAUUUCGUUAAACAUCUGAUGCCUGCUUUGUCAAAUAUAUGAUUUUAUGCUAUAUUAUUCUGGAGACUCUUUAUAGAUACGUGUGCUGGUGUGUGUGUAUGUGUGUACAUAUACAUAUGUAUAUAUGCACAUGUGUAUCAUAUAUAUGGUGGGUUUGGACUAAUGAAUGAAAUAAGGACCUGAAACUUUGCUGAAGCAUUAGUGCAUAUGCCAAAGAAAAACUAUUUCUAACAUUAAGUCUAAGAAGGAGGGGCAGUAUUGUAAGAGUGUGAGCAAGGCACAGGCUGCAACCUGCACUUUUCGGAGGAGCACACUUAAGGACUUCUGAACCUCCCUGGAAAGGUUCAGGCACCCAUCUCCACACCAGCUCAUCUCUCUUGGCUGAUACAAAGGAACAAGGCUGCACUGUCACCUUUUUUGGAGGUCUGUCUCUGGCAGGUAUGAUUUAAAAAUCAAUGCACUUUGAAGUACGGAUAUAAAGACCUGACUUAUUUGUCGUUCUGGUGCCUCUGCCACUCUCUCUAUGACCUUUGUGUUACAGAGCUGUGCCAAGUCAGGCACACUGUAGCUGUUGACCUUUUUGAAUCAAACAUAAUUUACAGUUUUAAAAGUAUCUUCUUUGAACAGCAGCACAGCAAUCUACUGCAUAUGGCCUGUCAGCUGUAGAGCACAUCAAAUGUUCUCCUGGAGGAACAUGUACGGGAGUGAUCUGAAGUACAGCUCAGAAAAGAGCUUUUCGCAGACUCUGCUGGAAGUAGGUGUCAGGAUAUACUCACUAAGCAAAUAGGAAAAUUUGUUUUGUACAUUUAACUAGGUCAGAGCCACAUUUUCCACGAAUCUACACAAGUGGUAUGGAUUAGGAAGAAGAGCUUGCUCAGCAGAUCCACAGUAACUUACAUUUCCAAAAAAACUCCUCAUAUAUAGCAAUAGCCCUUAAGGUUGCAAUGCUUCAGUCAUAUUUUGCUCCAGUGGCUCUUAUGUACUUCUUCACUUCCUUCGUGUUCCCCCAGAACACAAUCUUAAGGGGCAAAGCAUGUGCUUCAGGUUCAGCGUUACACACUCUAGAAGCAUUUUUAUUUAAAUCUUUAAUGUAGCCUUAGUAGUAGUUAGAGUGCUUUCUUUAUGAUAGAUGCUUUCAGUUCAUACUUUUAUGAUAGGCAGAUUGCAUGUAGAUUUUAGUUUUCCAAUUCUGUGCAAGAAAGGUUGAAUCUCCACUCGACUGUCACAGUCUUGAUUUAUUCUGCUAGUGGCUUUGUGACAGCGAGCCGAGUGUUUCAAAUAGGAGAAGCUAUUUAGGGACAGAGCUAGAGACUAUGGAUCAGGCAGGCUUCAUCAGCAGAGACUUUCUAGAGACCUAACAGCAAUUUAAAGCUGUCCUUCUAUUAGAUCAGCUGGAGGAGGACAGCUAUGCACAUACUGCUUGCCCUCCGCGAGGAGCUAGUAAUGAUCUCUUGCCCUGAGCAUGCAACGCACAGCCUGCUGUGCACGAGAGGGGGAGAAAUCAAGACAAAAUGUUGGCGUUCUGCCGGCUCCGCUUACUCUCUCCGCCCACAGCUGAGAACAUUUCAGAAGCUUGAAGGCUGUUUCUUCCUAUCUCUUAUAAUUUUGCCUAGAAAUUAAAGACAUUUUAGAAAUAGAUCUCUGCAUCCAUCUAGCUUCUUCUCUGGUAAGUAUUACCUCUUCAGAUAAUCUACUAGUUCAAAUUCUCCACUACUGAGACUGCAUUUUCAUACCUACAAUCUCCAAAUGUUCUAAUCUAUUUUUGUAAGCUGGCAUACUUGUUUCCUAGGUUAUUUCUCUCUCUGUCUCCCGUUUUCUCUUCCUUUCUGUGAAAUAGUUUGCAAAACUAUUUUGAUUAAGCUGAACAGUGUAUGUUGAGAAAGCGCUUCUAGGAUAACUUUAAAAAGAAUUUGUAAAGAGCAGUUGUCAAAACAUGCAACACUGUAAACAGCUACUUGUCAUUUUUAUUGCAGAAUAAAACAUUUUAA